UGUUGUAAUCAUUGUAAUGGAAUGAUUUUAGAAUGUGUAGGAGAUGAUUCUUACUGCUGUCUGGUAAAUAGAAACAGUUAUCUACUACUGAAACACCAUCAUCAUAGACAUGGCGGGGAAAAGACAUUGUUCAUUGUUUUGUUCACCACAACCUAUAGCUAGGCUGGUACAGAUAUUCCCAAAACUUGCGAUAAUUUUCUUUGUGAUUCAUUUCACUGUGAUAAUUUACUCAUUUUUGAGCCCCUCACCACAUGCAAUGAAGUCCAACGAUGUCCCACCUGGAGUUGUUGAUGAUAAGAUGCAGUCAGUUGGAAAUCAUAUUAGAAUUAAUGCAAAUAUAAAUGCUAGUGAUAAUAAUAUAUUGCAUCCAAGACACGAUGAUGUCCCUUCAAGCAACAAGACCAAGUCUUUGUUACUUCAGAAACUCAUCCCCAAUGGUAUCCAUGGUAACAAAGGUAGAAAAUAUUCCAACAUACAAGUUAAUGUUCACAAGAGAAGUAUAAAAAGAUGAGAAGGAUUACUACUAGUAUGAUUUAUAGUUUAUAUGCAUGCUGGAUUUUUUUGUGAUGUUGCUAUGGCAACAAUUGUUGGUAAUCAUGAAAUAUAAAGAGCAAAUAGUGAUUAGCUGGUGAUAAAGAUAUGUACAUACAAAUGCAUGCUUAAAAGAAGAUUUUGUAUCAGAGCAACAUUUUUGAAAGGAAGGUUCUUCAAGAUGGUACAUGUGAUAAAUACGCAUUAUAUAUUGUUUAAUUGAAAUGUAUUUGAUGUGAUGCUUUACUCCAAAAUUAUGUUUGUAGCUUGACUUAUAUUUUACAAUUUUGAUACAUUUAUGUUAGAUAAAUUAUGAAUAUCAUUACUAUGCAAAGCAUUAGUGCCAUAUUUGCAUUUAGGCAACACUAUGCCCAUUUUCUUUCUUGUUAAUCUGAAUUAAGUAUUUUUAAAAAAAAUGUCUUUUAUAAUGAUGGUUUGUUUACCAAAAUUUGAUAAUAACAAUUAUUUGAAAAAAACUUUUUAAAGGACUGUACCACAUAUUUUGAUUACUGGUCAGUUCCGCAGGAAAUAUACAGAUCACAUUGGUUAUUGAUUACAAAACAAUGAAACUGAAAACAAUCAAAGUUAAAUUUUACGGAUAAUAAUUAUAUGACAUUGAUAGCUGGAUGGGCAUUAUUUCACUUCAAAAUCUCACUUCUUUACAUUAAUUAAUCUUAAAAUUUGAUAUUUGUUGUUAUAAGAACAAUUUGCCAAUCAGUCAAGUAAGAUGAUGUAACCUAAUGUUAAAAUAUUUUCCAUGCAACUACAACAUAUGAUGUAGCAUUUAGACUUAGUCAGGCUUGUGUUCAUCAUAAAGGAUUGUAUUGCAUUAUAAUAACAAUUAACCUUACAUGCUAAAUAUGUGAAUUGCACUUGUCCAUCUUUCAACCAGGAAAAAAACAUUUCAUAAAUUUGGGUGGAAAUUUUCAAAAGACUUAAUAACAAGUAGUGCAGUCCAUGAUCAGAUGGCACUUCUUGGUCUGCACUGGUUACAUUAAAGAAUUCUUUGCUGAUAGAGUUAAAGAAACGUUAAAAAUGGCAUUUUCAGAAGAUAUAAAAUAUACCAAUGAUUAUAGUGAUAAAAAAUUUGCAUUUGAAUAUUUUUUUGUCAUAAAAAACAACAACAACAAAAACAAACAACAACAACAAAUGUGAAAUAAGUGAGUUAUAAUUUGAACAAUGCGCCUUGCCUUCCAAAACUAUCCAGUCUUCUCAAGAUUUGUGAUUCUUCUGAUGUAAUCAGAGAAGGAUACAAGUAUAUGAUUGUAGGUUCUUACAAAAAAAGGUGAAGAAAUGAUGGUGUUCAGUUUGCCUUUGAAUAAUUAAGUUUUGGGUUUUAUAUAUUGUAAUUAUGUUUUUUCAUAUAUUUGUCAUCUGAUUGCUCAUUAAAUGAGUUAACAACCAGUGAUGUUACAAUAGUUGAAGUAAUAGAUAAGUUACCAUGAUUUACAUGAUCUGUUUUAUUUGCUUGUCAUGUAGUUUCCAAAUCAAUUACAUUCCAAUAGGAUUAUAUCAGUUUUAUUGUAUCUUUUUACUACCAUCUUACUUGUGCAGGAAUAUGCUGAUUCAUAGGGCUUAUUAACCUUUUGAGCACUUCUUAAUUACAUUUAUAAGCAUUUUGUGCAUUGGUCUCUAUUGUUUGUGGAUGAUAUUAUGAGUAGAUGAACUCUCAAUUGUUUAGAGAGGAUAAAAUUGAAAGUUAUGGCUACUUAAUAUUGUUACUGUCGAACACCCAAGUCACAUAAUUUCUGUUUUAUGUGAUUGUUAAUGUUAUGUAAUUUCAUAGAUAAUGACACUCAUUACGAUUAUAUUAUUCUUUAAAUUACUGCCUAACUUGCAUUGGACUACGAUGAUUCUUACUGCUAAAUAACCGUGUGUGCACUUACCUGUAAGGUUAUCUCAUUAAGCGAGACUCACCUGUAAGUUGAAGGUUGAUCAUAAUUUCAUCCAGCACAAAUCUCCCUCGGGGCUCACACAGAUUACCGACGCAACAUCAACCCCCAAGCUCGGUCAUACUUAAGAAUGAUUUCUAGCGUGCAAGAAAGGUAUUUAAGCAGGAAUCAAACGGGAAGGAUGGAUGGGCGUGUGAGCCCUAAGGGAGAUUUGUGAUGGAUGAAAUUAUGACCAACCUGAAACAUAAGGUAAGUCUCGUAGAUCAAUCAAUUUCAUCCAACACAUAAUCUCCCUUAUAGGCCCCAGAUUUGUUUAGAAACAUAUUUCUAAUUUAAAGUAAUUGAAGUUGUACAAUAAAACUAUAAUUCUUCUCUAUUGCAUAAUAUAUGAAAUUUAAUUUGUAUGUUUAUAAUCUGACAAAACAAUAGAAAUUCCUGAAUUAUUAACAUUUUUAGCGAAAAUAAAAGGCAUUACUUGA